UCACCAGAUGGUAGACGGAAAGAAAGUUCCCGCGCACAAACGACGAAGCGCUCCAAGAGUGAGGACUGGCUGCAAGACAUGUAAGAAAACGAGAGAGUGAAAUGUGAUGAAGCGAAACCCCAGUGUGCACGCUGUAUGUGUGCCGGCUACGAGUGCGAAUGGCUACUACCCCGGCGAGGGAAGACCGUACUCCUGCCCAAGCCUAAUGAGUCUAGCAGUACACAACAAGCAGUGUUCACCCACUUUCCAAGAACGGGCGUCUAUAUCCAACCUUCCUCCAGCCCUCAUUUUGACACCGAAAUCGAGCGCCAGCAUUUCAUGAUCUUUCAAACGAGGACUGCGCCGGAGCUCACAGGUUAUUUUGAUUCUAGUGUCUGGAAUCGGAAAGUCCUCCAAGCAUGCCAUGACCAAGAAUAUGCUCGGCAUGCCGUCGUUGCUCUAGGUGCGGUGUGGAAAGCGCAGGACAUCAGGCAAACACCACCAACUGGAUUUCCGCUCGGCCCUGGAGGUAGUCAGGAAGCGAAGGCUCUUUACGCAUUUGCAUUGAAAGAAUACGGCAGAGCCAUUCGACUUAUGAGAGAUAUCCCAAAACAACAAGAUCCAGAUCGUCUGAGGAACACGCUCAUGUCUUCGCUGCUCACCACAUGUUUUGAAAGUUACAUAGGAAAUCAAGAACUUGCUCUCUCGCAAGCGGAACUUGGAGUGAAUGUCCUUCUCGGAUGGAGAAAUGAAUGUCAAGAAGCACCGGUCGAUGAUUGGACGAGAAUAAAAAGGCUCGAGCACAAGUCAACAUUCAUUGAUGAUGACAUUGUGGGAGUAUUUGUAAGAAUGGACUUCCAAGUGAUGACCUUCAAGGAUAGACGCAGAGCAAAAUACAGAACCAAAGCAUUCCCGAAGAUUCCCGCCCUCUUCACCUCAAUCAAUGAGGCUAGACUAUACUGGGAUUUGGUCAUCAGGCGCGUGUUCCUCUGGUACCCAGCAGCACAUCCAACCGGCUCCGUUAUGCUCAAAUACGCAGAUGUGAACUGCAAUUCAAUCACAAAAGGAACUACCCCCGCCCAGAAGGCGAUCGAGGAACUGAACGACUUCCAGAAAGUGACGAAAGACUGGUAUCAAGCUUUCCUUCCUAUCUUUGAACAGACCAGAAGCUGUCCUGGAACCAAGGAUCAUUUGGCUGCAAGCACGCUGAUGCUUCGAUAUCUUCCAUCGCGUUUUAAAGGGUCCUCCGGAACCCGAGAUUACCACCGUGUGGUCAAGCUGGCUCGUGAAAUACUGGAGACGGAUGGUCGAAGUGCUGCCCCCGGCAAGGUAGUCUUCACUUUUGAAACCACGAUGGUCAUUGGUCUUCUUGUGGUUGCCACCAGAUGUCCAGAGCUUGAUGUUUGUCGACAGGCAAUCGCCCUGCUUUCGAAGCAUCCCAGACGAGAAGGAUUGUUGGAUAGCAUGAUGGUGGUUAAGAUUGUAACGUGGAUGUUGGAUCAAGAGGAGGAGGAAGUUGUUGAUGGACUUAUCCCGAAGUCUUCGAGGUUGCGGAUUGUGAGGAACGAUUUCGAUUUGAAAGAGAGGAAGGCUGUGCUUCACUGCUCGAAAGGAGAGGGGAAUGAUAAACCACUUCCUCCGGUUACAUUAUGGUGGUAGAGAGGAUUUUUUGGAUUUGGAAGUGAUGAUCUCGACAUUUAUUGAGUGAUAUCAACCAACUGCUAUCAGAGUACCCUCAAGCGGAACAAGAUCCAAAAUACAGCCUACCAGAAUCCGCACUUGACGUCUCGUCUCUCCUUAUUCCCACUCCACUGCUCGAAACAUUCUUUAUGUAUGUUCUGGCCACAUUUCCGUCGGCACCAAACAGCACUAUCGGGACCGUCGAAGGCCUCGUAGCAAA